AUGGCCCUUGUCGAUGCACAUUAUAACUUUAUCGCUGUUGAUGUUGGUGCAUAUGGAAGGAACAGCGAUGGCGGGAUUUUUAUGCACUCUAAACUAGGCAAUAGAUUAGAUCAGAAGAAAUUGAACGUGCCACCAAGCACUGCUCUUCCUGGAACAACAAAUGUUGUUCCCUACGUAAUCUUGGGGGACGAGGCGUUCCCGCUGAAAGAGUAUUUAAUGAGACCUUAUCCAGGCAAACAGCUACAUGACAAUUCUAGAAGAAUAUACAACUAUAGACAUUGUAGAGGACGAAGAGUCGUGGAAAAUACAUUUGGCAUUCUAACGCAAAAGUUUCGAUUAUAUAACAGACGAAUUCAAGCCAAACCAGAGAACGCGGACAAUAUAAUUUUGGCUACUUGUGUCUUACACAAUUUUAUAAAAACGCACGAUGGUAAACAAGUAUACAAUCGAAUAGAUCAAUCGAGAAGCGUAAAUCAUAAUUCAGAUGCGAUUACAUUACAAAAUGUCCCUUUGCAUGGAGGUAACGCAAGCCAACAAGCAUUUCAGGUCAGAGAAACAUUUAAAGAUUUUUUUAAUUCCGAAGCCUGA